CGCAAACUGUAUGGGUAAUGAUGAAUGUCCAUUGACAUUAGAUGAUGCUGGCGGCGUUUUAGGACAUGCAUACUUUCCUGACUCUAGCGGCACCUGUAGAGAAAUCCAUUUAGAUAUAAAUGAACGCUGGUAUUUUGGAAAUAAUCCUAAUAUACCCAAAAAUCAAACUAGUUUUCUUAUGGUGUUGGUUCAUGAAAUUGGACAUGCCCUCGGCAUAGCACAUAGUGCUUCUCCGAAUGCUAUUAUGUUUGCCUUCUAUCAGCAUGAGAUUCGUGGUCUAGAUGUUGAUGAUAUAAAUGCAGUACAAUAUCUAUAUGGAAGAAAAAACAAAUAUGAUUCAAUCCCAAAGUCUACCACCGCAUCAGCAAUACCAAAAACAACAACAACUAUAAGAUCUACAACUCAUGUAAACUCCGGAGGCAACAAGCAGAAGACACAGCCAAGAUGGAAUGGUUAUCCAGAGUCCAAAAAAUAUCUCACUGAUGCCGAUUUAGAAGAAAUCAUAAACAGCAGUGAUUUUUUUCUAAGCGAUGACAAUGAUGAAGAUGAUGCGUUCCCUACAGCGACGUUAGAUGAAGAUGCUCAGAUACAGCCACAAGAAGUCAAAGAAGAUUAUGAAGCUUCAGAAAACUAA